CGUCAGCUGAACCCGGACCGUAUGAUCUUGGUGUUUGUUGUUGUCCUCCGUCUAUAGGGCAGAGGGACAGCGGCGCCGCGGAGGUUAAAAUGACGAUAUUUGGUUCUCUCCAUCGCACUAUAUACUCCCUCUGGUUAUUCUUCGCCUCCCUGGACCUGCGGCUAUCUGAGGUUGAAUGUACCAGUGCAGCAGAAAUUGACAGACAUCUGGAGAUGGGCGUGCAGAUGCUGGCCAAGGGACAGCUGCAUGAUGCUCUCUCUCACUUCCAUGCUGCCAUAGAUGGUGACCCCAACAAUUACAUGAGCUACUAUCGGCGUGCUACAGUCUACUUGGCCUUGGGGCGCUCCCGGCCUGGACUACAGGACCUGGAUGAGGUGAUCCGGCUCAAGCCUGACUUCACAGCAGCACGGGCCCAGCGAGGUGGAGUGCUAGUCAAGCUGGGGCGCCUGGAGGAAGCUCACAUGGACCUGGAGAAUGUGCUGAGGAAAGAGCCAGCGCAUGAAGAGGCCAACCGACUGUAUGUGAUGAUUGAGCCCCUGAAACGUGAGAUAUUAGAGGCUUUCUCUAAUGUCAGGAUGGGACGCCACCACCAGGCCAUCUUGCUGCUCAAGAACAUAAUUGAGAGGUGCCCGUGGGAUGCUUCUCUCCGAGAGUUGCGGGUAGAGGCCUACCAAGCAGUGGGAGACAUUAUGAAUGCCAUCGCUGAUGUGCGAGUUACCACCAAGUUAGUGCAGGACAACACUCAUGGCUACCUGAGGCUGGCACGUCUCUACUAUUCUAUUGGGGAUGUGGAACAGUCUCUCAGUGAGAUCCGGGAGUGUCUUAAACUGGACCCUGACCACAAGGAAUGCUUCCAGUUAUACAAGAAGGUUAAAAAGGUGAAUAAGUUCAACAGUGAUGCUCAGGAACACAUGAAUAACAAGGAAUAUGAAGAAUGUAUUGCAUCAGCCAAGAAGAUUGUGAGGGAAGAGCCAGAGGAGCAGGAAGUACAUUUCUUGGCCUUUGAUAAACUAUGUCAGUGCAACACCCAUGUAUCACCCACUGAGGCGGUGACUUUCUGCCAGAAGGCGCUCAACAUUAAGGAGGAGCCAAGGCUGUACUGUGAAAUGGCAGAUGCUAACAUUGCCAAUGAAAUGUUUGAUGAAGCUGUGAGGUACUUCCAGAAGGCUCUAGAUAUUGAUGAAAGUCUACAGAGGGCAAAAGAAGGUCUAGAAAGAGCACAAAAGCUGAAGAAGCAAGCGGGUAAACGUGACUACUACAAGAUUUUAGGAGUCAGAAGGACGGCCAACAAGAAGGAAAUCACCAAAGCAUACAGGUCACUAGCCCAGAAAUGGCAUCCUGAUCACUACAGUGGAGAAGAGAAGAAAAAGGCAGAAAAAAUGUUCAUUGAUAUUGCUGCAGCCAAGGAAGUUCUAACAGAUGAGGAGAUGCGUGCUAAGUUUGACAAUGGCGAGGACCCGCUGGAUCCUGAGCAGCAGCAAGGUGGACCUGGAGGCCACGGCUUCAACCCAUUCCAGCACUUCCACUUCCACCACGGGGGCUUUCAUGGUGGUGGCUUUCAGGGAGGGGGAUUCAAAUUCCACUUCAACUAGGGCUUUUCAUAGUGUUUACAUGAACUUGUAUUUAUUGAGUGUGCAUGGAAGUGUGAGAUAAAGUGAAUGAUUUGACAGUAUUUGUUUUCUUUUGACAUUUUAGUAUGAUGAUGAUGAUGAUGAUGAUGAUGUAUAUAUAUUUUGGCAGAAAAUUGCAAGUUCUCUCAUUCUACACCAGCAUCAUGUCAUGCAUUUUGAAGUCAUUGUAAAUCAGGGAUCAUCUUUAGACUGCCAUCUUUAUGAUUGACACUCAGUGCCUUGCAGAUCAAUCACUUACCUUUCAUGAGUUUUUUUCCAGUAAAUGAGGCAUUAAUUUCUUUACCUCUUAGAAGCUACAGUUUUUUCCCUGGAAAUCAUCUGAAAUGGCUAUGCUCAAACAGUGUGUCCUGAGGUGCUUCAUUACCCUAAGAAACAUGUCACUCCUUCAGAAGCAGUGGACUGUCAUCUGGCCUGUAUCUCAAGUUUAAUUCACAUUGACCAUUCAAAAGCAUCCUUGUUUCUUUUUUUAUGCGAGUCAUUAAUGUAAAUGUGCUGCUGUGCCCCGCCUGUGUGUCAUCCUGCCAGGUUGGCUUGGGACGUGGUGGACAGCACCUCAGUGGAGUGCAUGUGAAUCAUGCAAUUUGUGAUACUCAAUUUACUAUAAUUUAAGGCAUGUAUAUGAAAAGCUGAAGGUUAUUAUUGAUCUCCUCCUUUCUUUUUACUUCUUUGUUAAACUGCUAACUCUGAAUAUUCUUCAUAGUUCAUGACUUACACUUGUUAUGUAAAUAAAAGGCACUCUAAAUACAUUAA